AUGCCUUUGAUUUAUGGUGAAGGAGCCAAAGCGUUCAAAGGGCUGCAAGAGAAGACUAUACAGGAGACAGGACGAAGACUAGUGAAAACCUUGUUAGUAACCACGCCCCGAGACUUUCUAGAGAUGGGAGAUUUUAUCAUGACGAAUAAAGGCCUGCGGAUUCACGCUAGCCUUCUUCAGCACCAGGGGGUUUUGCCUCUUCAAUGUCAUCGGCUGCUGGGAAAGUCGGCGGGGGAUGGUGAUUCUAUAUGUCGAAAGAGGAAGUUCUUGCCAAGUAUUAUGGCAAGCUACCGGUAUGCCCGAAAAGUAAUCACGUCUAGGGCAUUGAUUUGGGGCCUCCUUGCACAGAGCAAGCAUGGAGCUAGUCUGAACAUUAAAUCACAUUUAGCCUGGGGUAUUUAUGCUAUUCCAAGAUUUGAGAUUUGGCUUCGGCUAGUGCCUCACAGCUCAACAACCUCUUGCACACAAAGAGAACCAAGCCCCCUAGGACGGAGCAUGUAUCACGCCGUCCAAUGUAUCACGCGCACAAACAAGGGUGUCAAAAGGAGCGUGCGAAGAAAACUCCCCUACAAUAUUACUAUCAGGUUGCCCUGCUUCUGA